AUCAUGGGUUCCGUGCGGUGUACGCCACCUGUCCCACUCCCCACAAACCUACCUGUCCUAGAGGCCAAAGUAGAUGACUUGAGUCACAAGUUAGAUGAGCUCCUCUCCAGACAAAUAGGUUCCUGUUCCAUCUGCUCCACCUGCAGUCUGCACAGCGGCCUGCCAGAGGCAACAGAAAGGCAGCUUGUGGCCCAGUCCAGACUGCUAGAGAACUUUGAGAGGAAGAUCGGUGAGAUGCAGAGGACCUUAGAGGCCCUGGCUAAAGGUCUGGCGCAAAGGAACCCCCACACCUGCCAGGAAGCUGCCCCAGCCCCACCCAUUGAGCCAUCACCUAGAACAGUAUAUCUGCCAGCCAAGACCUCACAAGUCACUUCUAAGGAUGAGAUCCCGGAUCAGUUGGAGACAAACAGACAGCAGGAUAAGACACAACACACUCCUACCACCCCAGCAAAGAAAGGUAACUAUUCAUACUCAAUGAGCUCCAGACCAAAUGCUGAGACCCUGAAUCAGUUUGAGACAAACAGACACCAGGAAACAAAGCAACAGACUCCUAUCGCUCCUGCAAAGAAAGGGGUGUCUGCUGGUAUGGGAGCAGAGCAAAGAGACUGUGUUGGAGAGCAGUGGAUUGGAGGGAACCAGCAGGGGGUCAGAGGUCAACCAAUGUCAGCAGAUUCCCACAGACAGAGUGAAACUAAAAGGGGUUGGAUGAGAGAGGUUCCAGCUGUAGCGGUUGUCCCAUCAAUGGCGGACACACCAAGGACUGAGACGAGGACCACAGUGGCGGAGAACCAAGCAGCUGCUCCAUCAAGUCCCGCCCCCGCACCAAAAAAGCAGUCUGGGUUGGCUGUCCUUAUGCCAACUGUGGAAAGCUCCUCCCUCAGACAAGUGCACAGCUGUCCAGAGUCCUUGCAGAGGCUCCAGAGUUCAAGGCCCAAGCCCCAGUCUGCCUGCCCUGCCCAUAGACCUGCUGUUGGGAAGACCUGCAGUGUUUUGGGAGGGGCUAGUCCAGUUGCAGCCAGUGGAAUACAGAUCACAGUAAUCCCUACUACAGCAGAAAGGACCCGGCCCAAGUCCCCUACCAAAACUUGCCAUAAGGUCAUAGAUGACGUUCCCCCGCAGCCAGCUCCUUUCCUUCACCGCUGUGUGUCUUUGCGAUCCAACCCCCCAUCUGACACCUUCAUUAUCCACACCAGAGAGGUGCUGGGGAGCGGACGCUUUGGCAAGGUGCACAAAUGCACUGAAAAAUCCUCUGGACUAAAGCUUGCAGCUAAGAUAAUCAACACACGAACUGCUAAAGAAAAGGAAAGGGCAAAUAACGAGGUGCAGGCAAUGAACCAGCUGAGUCAUCCCAACAUCCUCCAGCUCUACGAGGCCUUUGAGGCCAAGCACCAGCUGGUGUUAAUUCUGGAAUAUGUUGAGGGCGGGGAGCUGUUUGACAGGAUUGUGGAUGAGAGCGCACCACUGACCGAGGUGGACGCCAUGGUGUUUGUCAAGCAGAUCUGUGAAGGGGUCAGCUACAUGCAUCAGAUGUACGUCCUCCACCUCGACCUGAAACCGGAGAAUAUCCUUUGUGUGAAUCGAACUGGGCAUCAGGUGAAGAUUAUCGACUUUGGGCUGGCAAGAAGAUACAGGCCGCGGGAGAAGCUCAGAGUCAAUUUUGGAACCCCUGAAUUUCUGGCCCCAGAGGUGGUCAACUUUGAUUUUGUGUCCUUUCCCACAGACAUGUGGACCUUAGGGGUUGUCACUUAUAUGCUUCUAAGUGGCCUUUCACCCUUCCUGGGUGAUGAUGAGAGCCAGACCCUCAACAACGUCCUCUCUGCCAACUGUUCUUUUGAGGAUGAGGCCUUUGAGCACAUCUCAGCAGAGGCCAAGGACUUUAUCUCCCACCUUCUGGUCAAGGAGAGGGGAGGGCGAAUGAGUGCUUUACAGUGUCUAAGACAUCCGUGGCUCAACAACAUUGCAGAGAAGGCCAAGGGCAGCAAUAUAGUACUAAAGUCCCAGGUCCUGCUGAAGAAAUACCUGGCCAAGAAACUAUGGAAGAAAAACUACAUUGCGAUAGCAGCAGCCAACAGAUUCAAGAAGAUCAGCAGCGGUGGGGAACUGACCUCUCUGGAUACGGAGACGGAUACAAUACCUAUAGCAACGUAACAAUGUCACCCAUUAAUACAGUACCUGCACUGCCGCCUUACAAUGUCACCCCUGUGAAAUCUGUACUGACCUACGCUGGACAAACUGCAUACUUGUAAAGACCUCCCACAUAAUCAGUCAGAGAAGGUACUCUUGUCAUGGUCUGUCUGUGUAAACA